AUGGCUUGGACCUUGGGGAACCUAUUGGCAGGAGAGCCCGAAGUCUUUGGAGCCUUGGAACGCGCCGCGCUGCGAAGCUUGGGCGAGUUCUCUGCGCAGGGCUUGGCCAACAGCGUCUGGGCCUGUGCCACGGUGUGCUAUCGGUCUGAGCCCCUCUUGGCCGCCUGCGCCCGCGCGCUGGGCGCCCGGCCGAGCGGCAGAAUGGCCCAGGCCAUGGCCAACACGGCGUGGGGCUUUGCCACGCUUGCUCACCUGGAUCCCGCCUUCCUCGACCUCCUCGGCUGCUUCCUCGGCGCGGGCGCUGCGGAGUGGACGCCGCAGCAGGUGGCGAACAGCGUGUGGACGGUGGCGGCGCUGAGCUGGCAGGAUUGGGCGAUGCUAGGUCGUUUGCUGGACGAGGUGAAGGACGGCGUGGGCGAGAUGAGCUGCCAAGGUCUGGCCAACAGCGCCUGGUCGGUGGCGAAGCUCGGCUCGCGCGAGUGGCCUUUGAUGGACGCGCUGGGCGCUUGGAGCGCGCGGAGGAUGGGAAGCUUCGAUGCCCAGAACUCGUCCAACGCGGCGUGGGGCUUUGCCAAGCUGGGCGUGCUGCAGGAGCCGCUGAUGGCGGCCAUGUCCCACGCCGCUGUGCGGCGCGCGCUGCAGCCGCGGGAGGUGUCGAGCCUGGCUUGGGCCUUCGGCACGCUCCGGAGGCACGAUCCACCGCUCUUCGCUUCCCUCAGCGCCGCGUCGGAAUUCGACGGCGCGGCCGACUGGGCGCCGCUGGACGUGGCCAACGGCGCGUGGGGCUUCGACGCGGUGUCGGUGCGCAGCGAGGCCUUGUGGCAGCGGCUGGCGCAGCAGCUGCCAGGCGCGGCGGAGAUCGAACUGCAGCCCUUGGCCACCUUGGUCGAUCUGGACCUCGGCGGUGGAAACCGCCGCGGACGCGGCACGCUGGAGGCCGAGCUGCUCACGCGCGUGGAGGCGUUCUGGGAGGCCUGGAGCUGCGAAGACGCCUUCUCACCGUCCAACGCCCUCCUCACGCAGUGGCGGGUGGACAAUCUGGGCGUCUGUGGGACGACGCAUUUGCUCAGCAAGCUGGGAGUUCUGCGGCCCAGCGACGCUGGCUUUGCAGAACGAGCCCUUGCGCUGGUCCGGCAGAGGCCGUCAGAGGCCCGAAGCUUUGCGAAGGAGAGGGCCUUCUGCUAUGUGGAGUACGACCUGCAGCCCGAGCGCUGUGGAUCCAUCCUCAAGGAGAACAGCUUCCACGGUGUGCGAGCGGGGCGCGUGCCGCUCCUGAAGAGUUGGCGACUCUCCAUCAACGAAGUGGUCGACAGGAGUCUCUGCGCGGAGUUCCAAGCGCUGGCGGAGCUGGGCGACGUCCUGGGCGACGUCCAGGUGCGGGUCCGGUGGCGCGGGGCUCGCGGUGCGGUGAGGGUCUGGGUCUCCAGUGCCUCGUGCCUCUCCUGCGUGAGGGCCAUUCGCCAAUUCUUGCAGCUCUUCCCGGGCCUUUCUGUCACGGUGCAGUGCGAUCGAACGAGAGAUGCGCGCGAAAGAAAUGGGUUUCGGGGCGAGCGCGGGUGGGUCGAAUGGGCUGGGGCGAGGUGGUCGAGGAGCUCAGAAACGGCCUGA